GUCGAAUGUUGUUCAUGAUCAUUUUCUGUACUUCUGGCUGUAACAGAAAAUAGUAACAAUCCUUGUAGUAACACGCAUUUACAUGUAUCCUAAUGCAGUACCUGGCCACAAACGGGACUGCCCUCAUUCAAACUCAAAAAGGAAUUACACAAUUCGACUUGCUCGCUUCGAAGGGACUUCCUCCAGACCCACUGCGUGCGUCUAUAAUGUUCCGCGUGUGACGUAAGCACGCACCGGUUGCCCUGGUUUCGCCGCGACUGGAAGAGGAUGGCGGCGGUGGCGGCCUCUCCUGUGCCGGUAGCGGCUUCGACUCCCUCCAAGGUCCGUAAUAAGAAGAGGCCGACGAGUCCGGGAAACAGCGGGAAUGCGACUGCGAAGAAGAAGAAAAUGGGACAGAAUGCUGUGUUGGAUACCAUUGGUGAGAAUAAAAGUGUGGCUACAGAUUCUAGUCCAGGACAUGGAGAGCCUGCAGUAAAACCUUUGGCCUUUAAGGAUCCAAAUUUUGUUCAUUCUGGCAUUGGUGGUGCAGGUGCUGGCAAGAAGAGCCGUGUCUGGAAAAAUCUGAAACAAAUCCUAGCAACAGAGAGAAUGUUACCAUGGAAACUAAAUGAUCCUAACUAUUACAACAUUGAUGCUCUUCCUUCCUUUAAACCAGCCAAAAAGUAUUCUGAUAUUUCAGGACUUCCUGCUAAUUAUACAGAUCCACAGAGCAAGCUUCGGUUUAGCAGCACAGAGGAAUUUUCAUACAUCCGGAUGCUUCCUUCAGACAUUGUGACUGGUUAUUUGGCUUUAAGGAAGGCAACUAGCAUAGUACCCUGAAAUAUUACAUGGAAUCUCUUUAAAAUAACUGAAAACAAGCUUAAUUUGCAUAGUGAAAAUCAAAAAAAGAACUACAGAUGUUGGAAAUUUGCAGAGUGACUUAUGAACUUCAAAAUGUCAUGUGUUCACAACUGAAAUUUCAAGCAACUUAUUUUGACAACAAAACUCUUAAGUGAAUUAAUAACAGGAAAUGUGAAGACACCUUUUCAAACUACAGAAAGCCACGAGUGGAAACCUCUUGGGAGUGUAGAAUAUGCCAGCUGCACAGCUCGUAUAUUGUAAAUUUUUGCCAAAAGCCAUUCAAUUUUGAAAACUCUUAUCACAAGAUUUGCAAAUGGGAAAGCUUGCUUUAAAAGUCUCAGUACCUGCCAGGUGAAGUCAUGUUGUGAUCAGCUUUUGCAGUGGCAAAAAUUCCAUUAUGUAGCACUGUAUCAAAGACAUUUGUUGAAGCCAAGUAAACACUCUGGACUGAAGUUAAUGAAGUGGGGUGGUAUAAUAAAAAUGUUAAUGCCCAUGAUGAGAUUUUUAACUCUCUGGAAAAAUGAUCUGUACACUGGAUGCCUAUAAAAAGAAACACGCUUCUGGCUGUUAAUUUUUUCAUUCCCUAUUCCAUUAACAUUGUGAACAUAAAAGUACAGAAAUUUAUGCCACUGAACAAACCCAUUCAGUCCACUGAGUCCAUGCUGGGCAGAAAAAAACAUCCAUUUUGGCCCAUUGCUCUGUAGGUUGCAUCAAUUACUCAUCCAAGUGCUCAUUAAAUGCAUUUAUUUCUGCCCCGGUCAUCCUUUCCAGCACUAAGUUUCAGAUCCCUACCGCAUUCUAGCUGAAAAAUAUUUCCUCAACUCUUUUUCAAACCUCUUUCCAAUUACCCAGUUAUUGACCUCACAGCCAGAGAAAACAGGUCCUUACUAUUCACUCCAGUUUAUCAUAAUUUAACACAUUGCAAUUAAAUUUUCUGUAAGCUGCCCCUUUUUUUUUAAAGAAAACAAUCCCAGCCAGACCAAUCUUUUUCUCAGCUAAAAUGUUCCUCUACUGACAAAAUCCUGAAAAUGUAUUGAUCUGUACCACAGAAUAUAGGGGACCUAAAACUGAGAUAGAAAGAGAAAAUACUGGAAACACUCAGACUUAAGACAGACCUGGAAACCCACAACGAAGUCUUUUCUUCCUCCCCCCCCCCCCCUCCCCCCACAGUGUAUUCCUUCUAUUGCCUGACCAAUAUUUUAUUCAGUUUUACCUUGACCUUAACCAGUUUUGUAUCUUUUGGUUUGAUCAACAAAAGAAAAUAUCCUUUAUGGUGCCUUAACAAUAUUAUUUAUGUGCCCUUCUUUCAGGGAUCUGUGGACAUAAACGCCAAGGUCAUUCUGUUCCAACGGACUUCUCUAUCAUUUAUUUUGUAUUCUUGUUUACCCUCCAGAUGUAUUUUGAGCUUUUCAGACUUUAAUUCUAUUUGCUAAUUUUUUUUUCCUCUCUCUCUGUCCACUUUGUCUACUAAGAGAAUACAAAAACUGACUGCAGCUCUAAAAGCAUCAUGGUUCCUCUACAGAAUUACAAAAAGCUCACAGCACAGAAAGGCAGUUUGCCUUAUUGAGUCUAUGAAUUAGACCAGCUAGUUCCAUGCGUGUGCCUUUUCCCCAAAGCUCUGCAAUUUUUUCCCUUUUAUUUUCAUAUCUAGUUCUCUUUUGAAUGUUAUGAUUGAAUAAAAAUAAUGACUUGAGGGGGGGAAAAAAAACCUGGGACCUAGCACUGCAAUCUGGAGACCUGUUGCAUCUUUCCAGUCACUAAAAGUUGAUUAACCAUUAACUGAUCUUGAACAAUCUUGGAUUUGAAUUGAAUCUGUGGGCUUUUACUUUACAGAUAAUUCUGCCAUGUGAGACCUUGUCAAAUACCAUGCUAAAUCUACAUAGACCACAUCAAAAGACCUACUUCGUUAUCUCUUCAAACGUAUUUGUUAAUCAGAGCAGACCUUGUCCUUUAUUAAUCUCUGCCUUUCUAUAUAAUGAUUUAUAUUGUCCCUUAGAAUUUUUUCCAUUAGUUUGCCCACCACUGUUGUUAGGCUGAUGGGCCUUUAAAUGCUCAAUAUACCCUUUGUUAAACAAUGGUACCAUGUUAGCGGUCUUCCAGUUCUCUGCUACUAAUCUUAUUGUCAUGAAAAAUUGAUAGAACCUUAUUUUUGCCCUUAUUUCUUGUAAUAGUCUAGUAUACAUGGGCCUGGGUAUUUAACUAUUAUUAAGACACUUUAAUAUUUCCUUCCCUUCUGUGCAUCCCAUUCAAUAUUGCACAUGUUCCUUAACCAUGCUAUCAUAGAAGUGAGAGGUUGUGUGCAGUAUUAGGUUUCACAUUUUGGGAUGGAAGUUUACCAGGGUGUUACUUAUUUUGAGAAAUAAUUCUUUUAAAAAAUAUGAAUGAAAAGUUUUGCUUUGCUUGAUGGAAUGUUUUAAAUUUAUGAAAUGAUGUUAGAAAGACUUUUGCCAGCAGUAAGAAUAUGAUGGUGGCACAGCAGUUAAAUUACAAGACUGAACUAACAAUCUCACCCUGGCAGCUGUGGAAUUUAAAAUGCAGUUAGUAAUCUGGAAUAAAAAAAACUAGUCAUUAGUAAUGAUGACCACUGAUUUUUGUAAAAGGCCAUCUGUGCCACGAAUGUCCUUCAAGGGUGUAAAUCUCCCAUCUAGCUUGGUCUACAUGUGAUUCCAGUCUUGCUGAUGUGGUUGAUUCUUAAAUGGCUUGUCAAACCACUUGGUUCAAGGGCAUUGGAGAUGGACGACGAAUGCUAGCCUUGCCAGCAGCACCCGAUCCUGAAAAACAAAUGAAGAAAAUAUAUACAUCGUGUGAUAAAGAGAAAGGUACCAUUAAUACAAGAUUAAAUCUAAGACAUUAGAAUGCAACAGGCGUUUGUGGAAUUGUGGCUGGGGCAGAAAUUGUUAUCUCAAUGUCAUAUUGAAGGGAAAUGAGUACAGUAUGUAUAAAUAUGAAAACGGUUUGCUCACAAACAAGAUAAACGGCACUAGACUACAGUGUUGAAAUGACGUUACUUUUCAAUUCUGUGUUUCUGUCUGAAUUAUUCGAAGUUCUUUAUUUUAGAAUUGUUAAUGGUUGCAAUCUGAUAAAUAAUAUGUAUCUAAAACAAUGUUUAAUGCAUUUAAAAAUUAUUACCAUGCAUUACUAUUGUGAAUAUGAUGAUUUAUAACAAUUCUGCUGAAAACAAAGUACAAUGAAGAGCAUAGGUUUUUUUUUACCCAUUUGGGCAAUUGAGUGUAGGGCAAAAUAUAAGAAGAGCCAAUCAAGCUUAUGCCUGCUUUUCUUUGACAUUUUAUACAUGCACUUCUAGUCUUAAGUAGUCAGAAGGAUUGGAAAUCAUUGCAGAUUUUUUUCAACCCUUGUGAUACCAUGAGUAAGGUCACAUUUUAAAUACUGCAGCAAAGAUAGAAGGGUUUUCUUCUCGUUUAAUUCAUUUCCUAAACUGCAUCAGCUGUGGAUUUUGUAUUUCUUCUGUGUGUCAUUUCAAGCUUCUCUGAUGCAAUUAAGAUGGCAAUGUUUCAGGAAAAUAGUCCUGCAGAUUUAACUUGCUAAAUCUAACAACUCUGUUUAGAUGUUGCAGGCCUUCUUCCUCUUCCCCAGGCUAUUUAUCAAUGGUGGAAAAGUAAACAAAACAACUGGAGGUAUACAGUGUUGAUUAUGACUCACCAGAUUGUGUUCCUCUGAGAACAAAGCCAGUCUAAAGCAGCUUGAGCAAAGACCUAGCAAUGGACCAAAGUGAUAGCAUUCAUUGUUACCCUUAUAUAGAGCUGAACACAAAGAUCUAAUGACCUCUAUGACAAGAUUUCCCUUUUUGCAACAUUGGUUGAUGUCUUUUCAGUGGGCCCUCUGUAAUGCUGUAACUGGCUAUGCAGCCAAUCUUUCAAAGAAUUUGCGCUUACUGCAAAUUAAGGAAGGAUAAAGCACAAUUUUUUAAUGAAUAUUUUAAACAUUUUAAGGAGUACUAAACAAAGAUUAAAAUACUCAAGGUAAAAGACAAAAUAUCAAAUGAAAAAACAAAAUCCAUUAUAUUCGGAAAUAUUGGUGAGGGAAUUACUAGUGUUUUUAGGUCCAGGGCUAGAAGUAAUAAUGGCAUUGCUCUCUUUCAUUGAGACCUUGUGUGAGAGAGCAGCACACUUUGGGGGUAUUACAGCAAGGCCAGUUUUUUAAUCCCUGAAAUUUUCAUAAAUUUAGUUGAUUUCCUUUUAUUGUAAUACUGUCUACCUGCAGUGGCUGAACUGUGCCAAAAUUUGCUGUCCUUUUCACAGUGCAAUGAAAAUGAAUACCAAUAGAGAUGUGGUUAUUAAAAUUCUAAUCAUGGAAGUUCUUAUAAUUUUAAAAUUAGCAUCUUAGUUUCAAGAUUUCCAAAUCUAGGCUUGGAAUUGGAUGUUUUUUGUAGUAAAUGUAAUUGGUAUGAUGGUGUAGUUGGUGCUGCUGCCUACAGCUGUGUAGUUUAUACUUUCUCCUUGUGACCUGUGUGUUUCCAACUGGUGCUCUGGUUCACUCCUGUAUCUCAAAGACCUGCUGCAUGCUAAUUGGCUCUUAGUGGAGAUAAGUGGGAAAAGAAUUAAAGGGGGUGUGAGGGAAAAGUUGCAGAACGAUAUGGAAGUAAGGAGGGGUUAGUAGGAUUUCUGGUUUGUUCUGGGAGCUACCAUGAACCCAAUAGGUCAAAUGGUGACUUCUUGGUCAAUUUGAUGUCGGUAAAUUAUAGUCACUCAAUAUAGCAUUCAUCCUGCGGACUGCCAAAAUUGAGGUUGGCAGCUUCCAAAAAGAUCAUUGUUGAAAUUCUAAUGCCAUUCAUUUUUGGGUACUCAAAGAGAACCAGAGGCUGCACGUAUCAGCAGCAAAUUUAAGUGGCUUCCUACAGAACUCAGUAUAACUGGAAGCAAGUAUUUAUUUUCAGAUUCAAAAUAUCAACAUGUUUUGUGGAUGUGGAGUUUUUAAAAUAGAAAGGAUAAAUGGUUAGCACUUUUUUAUUGCUGUAUGGACAUCCUAUAAAAUAAAGCUACACUAGAAUUAAAAGCUGUUAUCAUGCUAACAUUACAAUUAAAUGACCUGGUCCUGUUUUCCUCAAUUUGUACUUUCAA